AUGAAACGAUGGUUACACUUUUGGCCUAUUUUUCUAUUAGCUGUCAUAUUUGCAUCGAUCACCGAUACGGUUGCAAAAAAUAAUUUGUCAACAAAUUUAACAAAAUCAUCAACUACCGGCAGUAAAAGUUCUUUUACAGUAUAUCGGUUGAAUCCGGUAACCAAACAACAAUCGGAAUUCCUUCAUGACUUAUUAGUAAGUAAUACUAAGCUUGAUUUUUGGAAAGCACCAAAAGUAGCCGGUGGUCAAGUGCAUGUGAUGGUUCAAGAAGAAAUGAAGGAUAAAUUUCUGAAAUCGAUGAAAGCACAUAAUAUUUCAUAUUCGAUUAUGAUCAGCGAUGUUGAAGAGAAAAUAAGCAAAUUACGGGAAAAAGCCAAUAGGUCACGUCAAUAUAAUUGGUUACGAGAUGAUCCAUCAUCAUUACGUCGGGUUCAUUUCAAUUUGGCUCAAUAUCAUUCAUAUACUGAAAUUGCCAACUAUCUCGAUCAAUUAAAUGCCGCAUAUCCAGAUCGUACCACAGUGAAGACUAUUGGCCUCACUCAUGAAAAACGACCGAUAAGAUUAAUUAAAAUUGGUAGGCCGAGAACUUUCGUAAAAGCUGGUAUUUGGAUAGAUGGUGGCAUUCACGCACGUGAAUGGGUCUCGCCAGCCACUGUAUUAUAUAUGAUUGACCAACUCGUGACGCAAUAUGAGGUAAAUCCCCAAAUUCAACGUCUUGUUGAUGAGAUGGAUUGGUUUGUUGUUCCGUUACUUAAUCCUGACGGAUAUGAAUACACUCGAAGUAGUACUAAUCCAGAAGUUCGAUUAUGGCGUAAAAAUCGUUCACCGAUGUCUUGCCGAAUUUUACCGAAUGGAAUGUUUUCACGACCUCGACAAGAAUGUUGUCAAGGUGUUGACUUAAAUCGAAAUUAUGAUUGGCAAUACGGUAUAGAAGGAUCAUCCAACGAUCCAUGCUCGGAAAUCUACCAGGGUCCUUAUGCAUUCAGCGAACCGGAAACACGAGCCGUGCAUGAGUUCAUUUCCAAACGGCGUGAUACCAUUAAAACGUUUCUAACAUUUCAUAGUUAUUCCCAAAUUUUGAUGUAUCCUUUUGGACAUCGCGAGCGAACAUACACAUCUGAUGUUGAUGAUUUGAGAAGUACAGCAUUGCAAGCAGCAAAUGCUUUACGUGCUGCGUAUGGCACGCAAUAUACGGUUGGUACCGGUGCUGAUACUUUGUACCCAGCAUCUGGUGGGGCAGAAGAUUGGGCGAGAGGUCGAAUGGGAAUAAAGUAUUCAUAUUUGUUCGAACUACGACCAGGCGGAGAAGUCUGGGAUGGUUUUCUGUUAGAUGAAAGUCAGAUAAUACCAACCGCACGUGAAGCAUUCGAAGCUGUAAAAGUCAUUGCAAAUCGUACGUCUGCGAUGUUUACGCCGAAAAAUUUGCGUGAUGAAAUAAGAGAAACGGUAUGGAAUUAUUUGUAA